UCUGCUCUGCCUGGGGAGGAGGAGGAGGAAGAGGAGGGUUUUGCUGGGGCCCAGGGAGGCUGCCGGGACCUGCAGAGCGCGGUGCUCCCUUUGGAGAGCUGUGUUUUCCCUGGGGAGUCCCCUUCCCUCUUCCCCUUCCCCUGCUGGGCUCUCCCCGCAGCAGGGAUGAUGCAGGAGCUGGUGGCUGGCAUGGAGAGGAUCAGCUUGGACUCGGAGGCUGAUGUGGAGCAGCUCAGAGCUCAGCCCCUGCCCUUCCCGGGGGUGGACAGUGUGCAGGGCCACCCCCGGCCCGGCAGGACCAAGCCCGCCGUGUGCAAGCAUUGGCUGCGAGGGCUCUGCAAGAGAGGUGAAAGCUGCGAUUUCCUGCACGGCUACGAUGCCAGCCGGGUGCCCGAGUGCUAUUUCUACUCCAGGUUCGGGGAGUGCAGCAACAAGGACUGUCCCUUCCUGCACGCCGGUGCCACCGCCAGCACCGGGCGCUGUCCCUGGUACGACCGAGGCUUCUGCUGGCACGGUCCCCUGUGCAAGUACAAGCACAUGAGGAGGGUGAUGUGUGCCAACUACCUGGUGGGCUUCUGCCCCGAGGGACCCAAGUGCAAAUUCGUGCACCUCAAGGCCGGGCUGAUGCCGAGCAGCACAGACCCAUCCAAGGGAGCUGGAUGCCCAUGGGGGCUGGUACAGAGGGACCUGGCUGCUGCAGAGGACGGGGGAGGUGAGCAUGUGCCAGCCAAGGAGCCACCUGCAUGUGGCACCCAGCAGCUGUGGGACACCAGGGGCUGCCCCCCGAGCCCCCAGAGCCUGCUGCAGGCAGGCACCUGCUCCAAGAGAGGAUCAGCCAGACCCUGUGCCAGCCAGAGCAGGAGGACUCAGCUGGAAAUGCUGCUGGGAAAGUGACUGCAGUGCUCCACACAGCUCAGGAGAGGAUGAGGAGGAUGAGGAGGAGGACGACACACACCAUGGACACAGCACCGGGACAGCCAGCAGGGUCUGCCCAGCACAGCUCACAGCACAGAAAGCACUGCAUGCAAUGUCAAUCGGGGCCUGGCACAGCUGGCUGCUCCCCUGGCACAGCUGGCUGAGGGCAGCAGCAGCACUGCCAAGGUGUGAAGGGUGCAGGCCUGGCUGGGGCCAGGAUUUUGGGCACAGGGAGGGCGGGGAUGUGCUCAUCCCUUGGGAAAGGAGCACAAAGCACCACGUUUGAGAUCACAACCCGAGCAGGAAAGGAAAAUCCACACAGGUUUUUAUUGCUGGUGAGAGAGUUUUUGGUGCAGCACCUCUGUCACAGCACUACUGCACUGCAGAAUAAAGAGCUCAGACUUUUAA